GAUCUGAUUGUCCCGUCGUUAAGUCGUCAUAACCACUUAAAGCGCAUACACGGACGAAAAUAAUAAUAAUAACAAUAAUAAUAAUAAUAUAGUAUAAUAUCGUUAAAACCGAAAAUCGCGGAUCGUCAAGUCCGCCGUCCCUCCCCCGCGCCGAAAAUACCGACUUACUACGCUAUCGUGCGUUAUUGUACUUUUCGGAAAUUUCGUAAAUUAAUUUUUUUUCGUUUUUCUCAAGUGUUUUACUGACCACGGUUCGGUUUUUUUCCGUUUUUACUAUCAAUUCGCACGACGUGUAUAUAGGUACAUAAUAUAUAUUAUAUAUAUAUAGCGCCGGUCGUCGUUAAAAAUUUUAUACUCUGCUCGUAAAAACCGCGGGCGCGCGCGCGAGUUUUACGACCCGUCCGGAUAUACGACGACGACGGCGAGAUGACCCUUUUUACGACAAAUUAAACGGUUCGUAAAGCCGACAAAAAGUGUUUUCGUAUAUAAAGUGUGUGUUUGUGUGUAUGUGUGUGUGUGCGCGCGCGUGCAAGAGUGAGUGUGUGUCUGGCGUGUGUGCAAUAUCAAUUUGCACCGACCCGAGCGAUGCGAUCUUGACGAAAUAUAAUCGUAUUGCAUUAUCUUCGUAAAUGUAUCACUGACUGCAGCGCUCUAAUAUAUAUAGGAAAAACGUAUUUUUUCCUCGACGUGUCGGCGAAAAAAAAUCGCGACUUUCCUCUGUCCCACGUGCAGCCACCGAGUGUGAGCGGACGGAAAUCAAACGAAAAUAUACGUCGCGUAUUUAUACAAGACAUAAUAAUAUUAUAUUAUAUAGUCGACGAGCCAUAUAAUUAUACUGCCUAAGAUGAAUUCGUACUUCGAGCAGAGCGGUUUCUACGGUGGACAUCACCAUCACCAGUCGUCGUCGGCGCACCACCACGACCAGAACGCCGUGGCGGCCGCGUACCGGUUUCCGAUCGGCUUGGGCAUGUCACCGUACGCGUCGUCGCAGCAUCAUCACCAUCACGGCUUAUCGCAGUCCAGGGCCCCGCAAGACAGCCCUUACGACGCGUCCGUGGCUGCGGCCGCGUGCAAGCUCUACGGCUCCAGCGGAGGCGGCGGUGGCGGUGGCGGCGUCGGCGGUGGUGGAGGCGGUGGCGGAGGGGGCGGCUCGGGUGGCGGCGGUGGCGAUCAGUCGUCCGCAGCCGCCGUGGCCGCGGCCGGGCUAAACUACACGAAGACCGAGCCGUGCGUCGGCAAAUCGGACGCCGCGGCCGCGGCCCACCAGAACGGUUACGCGUCUUCGCCCAAGGACGUGGUGUGGCCCGGCAACGCGGCGUCUGCGGCCGCCAAUGGGUCGCUUCUCCGGCCCAACGUGUGCACUCCCGAAUCCCGCGUCGGCUACGGGUCCGGCAACAGCGUAUCCGGCCUGGACGGCGCCGGCGCCAGCCCGAACUCGGCACGCAACUCGGCCGGCUCGCUGUCCGCCUCGUGGAACACAUGCACCGGCAUCAACAACAACGGUCACCAGCAACAGGCCCUGCAGCUCAACCAGCAACAGAACAACCACACGUUCUACCCGUGGAUGGCCAUUGCAGGUCAGUCUCUAGGAGCAAACGGUCUCAGACGCCGUGGUCGACAGACGUAUACCAGAUACCAGACCCUCGAGCUGGAAAAAGAGUUCCACACCAACCACUACCUGACUCGCCGGCGGCGGAUAGAGAUGGCGCAUGCGCUGUGCCUCACCGAAAGGCAGAUAAAGAUUUGGUUCCAAAACAGGCGGAUGAAGCUGAAAAAAGAGAUACAGGCCAUCAAGGAGCUGAACGAGCAGGAGAAACAGGCGCAGGCGCAGAAGGCCGCCGUGCUGGCAGCCGCUCAGGCCGCCGGUGAUCGCUAAAAGAAAAAAAACGGAUAACAUUUUUUUUUUUAAAACAACCACCCCCGACCUAUUAUAUACGAGUUAUCAUUAAUUUUCCUUAUCGUUUUAUUAUUUUUAUUUUUUACCCCCUUCGUCGCCAUAUUUUUUUUAACGUUUUUAUUUUUGUACAUAAAUUUGUAAUUUUCGUUUUUUUUUUUAUGCCCUUAUAUUAUUGUAUUAUAUACUAUUGUCGCGCGCGCGACCGUCGUGUUUGUUUCUAGUUGUGUUCAAUAUAUAAUAUUGUAUAUUAUCCCCUAUAUUAUUAUAUAAAAUAAUGUAUUCAUAAGGAUUAUGUCGCUUUUUUCAUUAUAUAUAAUAUAUUUAUAAAUAUAAUACUGUAAAUGUAAAUACGAAAUCUAUAUACGUAAUAGGUGUGUUAAGUCACCGACCCCCUCCCCAUCCCCCCCUCCAUCACCAUGCGGCCAAAACCGCUCGUCGCCCUGCAGAAUCGUCCCGAAGAGAAACCGCGCGGCUGAGCUCGUCACGUGAUGCAAAUACGACGGCCACGAAACGCGCAUCGCGAAAAGAAGACGUCACCGUCGCCGUCGCCGCCGAGACAAGACCACUAUAGCUGCUGCCGCAGCAAGGAUUGCCGGAAUGCCAUGCGCACACGCGCUCGUAUACGCCUAUACAUACGAAUCCUUCGGAUCAUGAUCACCAGGUCAAAUCGAUAACCGCACACACUCACACCACACAUUCAUUCGUGAACGAGCACACCGAGACUCGGAAAAGUAUUCCCUCUGUGUUGUAGAUCAAAGAGAUAAUAUUAUUAUUUAUUUGUUUUUUUAUAUAUAAUUUUUUUUUAUAUGGUUUUGUUAUAGGUUAUUUUUUUAAGGAAAAAAAUUAGUAUAUUUUGUUUUAUUUUUAAUUUUAUUAUUAUUUUUGUACCCCUCGAAUGAUCCUCAAUAAAAAUAGACUAUAAUAUAUAUAUAAUAUAUAAUAUAUACAUAUUAUAUAAAACAAUUUAAUAUACAUGUAAUAUUGUAUAUAUACAAUAUAUAUAUAUAAGUGUGUACCUACAUUUAGCGCCAACGUGUAAAAAUCUAUUUAAUAAUAACUUUAAUACAUAUAUUAUAUAUUAUAUUAUAUUGAUAAUAUUAUUUAUAGCGAGUGUGUAAUAAUACGAAAUUUAAUAAUAAAUAUAAUUAAUAAUAAUACCUAUUUAUUUUUCAAUUUUUUUUUUUUUUUUGUGAAACCAAAAUAUAUAUAUAUAUAAUUUAUAUAUAUAUUUACUGAAAUAUGUAAUAAUAAUAAUAAUUUGAAUAUAUACCUACUGUUAGUGAAUAAAUAGAAAUAAAAGAUAAAAGUGAAAUUCUAUACUAAAAAAAAAAG